GCAGAGUUUGCGAUGUGCGAGACGAAGUGACAUUUGAUUGACCAAAAACAACGCAAUUAAAGUGCAUAAGAUGACCAUGGAUGUGGACCUCGGUGGAAUAUUUAGCCAGAACGGCACCUACGACUACGACGACAACUACGAGUAUAUAGAGGAGAUCGAGCCGAGGGACAGUGAAUCGGUGUUGAUCCCGGUUCUGUACUCCGUGGUGCUGGUUGUAGGGCUGCUUGGAAACGGACUACUCUUGGCCAUACUGGGUCAGAAGAGGCGAUCCUGGAGUAUAUCAGACACCUUCGUCCUCCACCUGUGUGUUGCGGACAUCCUGCUGCUGGUGACGCUGCCCUUCUGGGCGGCACAGGAGGCUCAACGCGGUGGAUGGUGCUUUGGGGGUUUUCUCUGCAAGAUCAGUGGAGCUGUUUUUAAUAUCAACUUCUACUGUGGCAUCUUUCUGCUGGCUCGCUUCUUGUCCAUCUUCGACGCCACCCGGCUGUUCUCCCAGAAGAAGCCCAGGUUAGCUCAUAUCAGCUGCCUGACGGUCUGGCUCGUCUCCCUGUUACUCACCAUCCCUGACUGUGUUUUCCUGGUGGUGAAGAAGCAAGAGAAAUGGCUGUGUGUUCACAGCUACUCCCAGUCAGCAACUGAUUGGCAGCUGGUGUCACGAGUCCUCCACCACACGUUGGGCUUCAUGCUGCCUGCAGUCGUCCUGAUCAUCUGCUGCUGCCGUGUCCUGCUGGGGCUUCAGUGCAGCGCUGACGUCCCCCGGAAGCAGAAGGCCGUCCCCUUCAUCCUGCCCAUGAUAUUGGUCUUCCUUCUCUGCUGGCUGCCGUACAACAUCACACUCAUUGUGGACACAUCAAGACGCCUCUCAAAGGAGCCUGAAAGUUCCCUGAAAAAAGCUCUGAUCGUCACAUCUGUUUUGGGCUGCAUGCACGCCUGCCUCAGGCCUUUGCUCUAUUUCGGCCUAUGUGGAAACUUCAGGAAACAGACACUGGCCAUGUUUAAGCGUGCUAAAGUUGAAACUGAGAGCUCGCUGUGGGGGCUGGGUGUUGGCGAGGAGGCCCCAUCCGACCAGAAUCCAGAAGGGCAAGUGUUGAAUGAGAUGACAAGUGUAGAUCAUCAGGGGCCGUCAACUCAGUGCUGAUUAUUGGACAAAAAAACCCUCCUGUGACUCAGAAGUCAUCAGAAUGAUGAACCACCCCUGAAGGGAAUUUAGUGUGAACUUCUGUCAUGGGUUCAAAGGAUUGAGGACCUUAUGAUGGUCUAAGGAUGAGGAAUAGAUAUUUAUAAAAACAUGACUUUUAGAAAUUGCACUUCAAUGCGAAUGUUUCCGUGCCACAUCAUGGUGACAUGCAUUGUUUUUUUUAUUUUGUAAUCACAGUUGCACAAUGUUAGCUUGUUACCAUGAAUCAUGAGUUUUUUAUUCAAUUGUAAAUAUCUAUAUUUUUUUAUUAUUAUUAUUAUUAUUAUUAUUAUUAUUAUUAAUAAUAUAUUGUUUUAUAUUAGUAAGAAAUGUGUCAGUGAACCAUUCAAACUGUUAAACAAUCAUCAUGAACUAUAAUGACAAAUAUAUGUCAUCAUGCUUGAAAUUCUUGGAAUGGAAUAUGGUAAUAUAUAUCUUAU